AUGGAUCUGAAAGGAGUCUUCAAGGAACGACUUCUUCAGAUCGUUUCGGUGGCUACACAGGUGGCCAUAUCUCGGCGAGUGCAGAGGUACAAGCUCGCAUUGCGCGGGCGUCAAGACGCCUUAAACAACAGGCGAACGAACAAGAUCGACCUCGAACCAGUCAACGCCAAUGAUAUGGGGAUGGAGUGUAGACGCAUCGUAGAACGCGUUUUCGUUUGAAGUUGGCGUCUUUUUUGAGAGUAGAUGUGACAGAUUUGCGUAGAAUAGGGUAAGAUGUUAUCAUGAACGGAGAAGAAAGGGCUUUUCCAACACGGAGAUGUAGCAUGGAUCAAAGCAGUUGUUGGAUUUCAGCUUUUACAAGAGGACAUUAACGCAGUAGUAGUUUAGCAAGCUUACGAACGCAUGUAGGAUACCAUGAGGAUU